CUCAACACUCACUCGUCAAUUCAUUCUGGUGUAAGAUAAAACCACAAUGAGCACUCCCAUGAGCCCAACGUUUGUGACGCGGCUGCGACCGCACUGUCUGCAGUCCACAAUCCAAAAAUGCGUAUGUCCAGGACAUAUAUCGUUCCGAUCCGCUUCUUCUUCAUCUCCGUCCUCAACUUCGUCUUCUCCCCCUUCCGCUCAACAGCCACUUUAUGAAAAACUAUUUGGCGGCAACUCAGCCUCGAAAGCAAAAGCAAGACAAACAAGACAAGCAAGGCCUUCGCCAAUAUCCCCCCAGAAAGCAUUGAACAGAAGGGAAACACAGGAGCAGCGACCAUCAUCCUCGGGGCUUGGUGAUGACCUCAGGGCUUGGCUUGAGAAUGCCAGUCUCCAGGAAACUGGCGUCGCCUCCCGGCGGGAGACCAACCCGGCCGUGAUCGUCUUGCAAAAUGCGCCUCGCUCGCUCAUUGAAUCCGACUUCUACCGCCUCGCCCACCAGGGCAAGCAUGUCGAUGGAUGGGCAGCGGGCAUCACCAAAGUCAUGCAACUCCGCUCCCCCAUCACCGGAGAGCCCCAAGGCCUGUAUCUCAUCUUCUUCGAGUCGCAUACCGCAGCCGAGGCAUACAGCGACAAGUUGCACAGCCAGCACCGUCGUGCUGCCGAAAUCAUGUCGCCCUACCGCGCCUCGCCGUUGCAAUCGGCAUCAGAACCACCCAAGGGUCACCCCCAAAGCAACAACCUCAACGCCUGGACAAUCCUGCCCCCGACGGUUCCCCUAAUCUGCACCGUGCUCACCCAUGAAGAACUAAUAAAAACCAUACACAAGGCCACUGUUGUACCACCACCUCCAUUAUCACCGGCCCAUAACAACCCCAGCAAGGCUGGCAAAGGCAUCCUCACCCCGCGGCAACUCCAGCACAGAACCCAGCUCCGGCAAGUAGCCAACCGAAUCAAACCAGCCAAGGACGACGACGACGCCGCGGCGAGGGCGCCUGAAGUCUACGACGUGCUAGUGCACCUGACGGGGAGCAAGAUCCCCGUGGAGACGCUCGCCGAGGCAAUUCGCGACGACGGGAUCCGGCGGAACCUUGCGUGGGCGCUAGCCACCUCCUCCGGUGGGGAGGAGCCGCCGGUAGACGCCAUAACCCCGCUUCAGGCGGGCAGCGGCAUCAUUAAGUGGGGCGAGAAGCACAUGGAGGAGCAGCAGCAGCAGCAGCAGCAGGCGCAAGGGGACUCGCCGACGACAGGGGCGUCGCGCUUUAUGGUGCGCUUUGCCGAGGCGGCCGAGGCAAAGCGCUUCGUGCGGACGUGGCAUCUGCGCCAGAUGGUUGAUGAGCGGACGGGGAGGGACAUGCUAGUUCACGCGACUGAGUUAUGGUCCUAGUAGGCCUUAUUGUGUAAAGUACAGUUGUGAUGUAUGAAGUAAUGGGUACGGGGAUGGUUGCCAACUUGCAAAGGGCAAUCUGAUAUCACGAUAGGUAUAUCGAACCUCUUUUUGAAGAACCCACACUUUGUUUAUAGACACGAUACGCCUAAACUAACCCCUAACCAACCCAUACAUAUCCUAGGUAUCUCUCAACCAAAACAGAAAGGUAUCACGCAACUACAAAUCCGCCAUCAAGGCUCAUUUUCCGGGCCAAUCAAUGGGUUAAGAGAGGAAGACAGAAAGGAAAAGUAUAACGAUGGAAAUUGGCGUCCCUGACAGCCAAAAGGAGAAAUCGCCUGCUUUCUCAAUGCGAAGGGGAACAUAACAAUAAAAGAAAACGCUCG